AUGACAACUUUAAAUUUAAGCUACAAGGGUGAGCUGUAUGCACUGAUGUUAUCGAACGGAUUAUCUUCUACAAUUGCUGAUCUUCAAGCGGAAAUUGAGCGUGUGGCGGGUGUGCAACAAGACGCACAACGAUUGUUUCAAAAUCGUCGACGUAUUGACUGCAGUGAUGUCUCGAGACGUCUUUAUGAAGUUUGUGACAAUAUGACGCCUUUGCUUUUGAUGGCUGGUGCUUCAACAGCACAAAUUGAAAACAUGAAGGCAACGCAAAGUGCCGUACAACGGGAGAUGACGAUUCGGGAGAAUCGACGCGUUGUAAAUAUUUGGAAGCGAAAUGAAGAUAUUCAGGCACGCGACGCAGUGUCCACGAGCUACCGUUUUCAUGCUAUUGAACCCUUGGAGAAUUUUGCGGAUAAAGAGAAAGCUCAUGAGAUUUUGGAAAAGUUGGCGACUGAUCGAGGAAUUCUAGCAGUCAUGGCUAAGCACAAAUGGAGCGUUGGGGUCCUGGCAGAAAUGCCACCGGAUGGAAAAGUUGGCGUGGAUCCCGUGUGCAUACUAGGACUUAAUCAGAACAAGGGACAAAAGAUCUUGCUUCGACUGCGUACAGACGAUUUGCUUGGCUUUCGCAAAUAUUUAAGUAUCAAGAAAGUGCUUUUCCACGAGCUUUCCCACAAUGUUCAUUCGGAACACGAUAACAAGUUUUACCAACUCAUGCGCCAAGUUGAAAGGGAGUGCAGUGAGUUAGACUGGACGCAGUCUGGUGGAUCUGUAGUCGGAGGUUCUCCCGCGAUCGUAGAAGAUGAUGGCACGACUUUAAAAAAUUCAACUGGAUACCGACUAGGUGGUGGGUCAGCCCAAACAAGUCGAUUGCUGACCGACGUACCACCUGUACCGAGUUCUCAAGAACGAGAUGUACAUAUGACAAAGCAGAAAACGCCGUCUGAAGAGCAAAGUUCUGUUUACGAGCGACAGAUUGGUUCAGCGAAAGAAGAUCUAGAGAUGGAAGACACGGAAGCAGAGCAUAAAGAAGUUUGGUCGAAACAAGCUAACUCGUCUGAUGAAGUGUUAACGACCACUCCUGGUUUACACGUGAUGGCUGAUGAAGCAGUCGCAACACUGGCCAUGAGUGAUCGCGAAAAAUGCAUCUACAAAGCAGUUCGUCAUUUGAAGAUCCACUACAGCGUUGAGGCUAUUGAAAAAGCGGCCACCUUGCUCUAUAAGAUUGUUUCCAACAUUAUUUCACACCCUAAUGAUGCCAAAUUUCGGUCUAUUCGAAAGACAAAUCGACUCUUUGAAGGGCAAGUUGCAAGAUUCCCUGAGUGUUUGGACUUCUUACGUGCUCUCGGCUUUGAGGAUCAAUUCGACAAGUUUGUGCUCAUUCGCGAAGAUCCAGCACUUCUCUGGAUUGGCCGCUCGACGCUUGAAGUGCUUUUGCCCACAGCAGCGUAA